AAAAAUUUUUAUUAAACUUUGAUAAUUUUUCAGCCAGAGAUUACGAGAUAGUUAGGAAUCAAGUGGAAUUAGGUGAAAUUAUUGGAGAAGGUCAAUUUGGCAAUGUACAUAAAGGUUCAUACAAAGGGCGGGACAAUCAAGUUAUACCGGUGGCGGUGAAAACCUGUAAAGUCGAUGCAGAUCUCGCGACGUCGGAGAAAUUUCUCGAGGAAGCCUAUAUAAUGCAACAAUUCGAGCAUCCUCAUAUUAUAAGACUUAUCGGUGUAUGCUCGGAACCACCCAUUUGGUUAGUAAUGGAAUUAGCCAAAUUGGGAGAGAUGCGAGCUUAUCUGCAGUCGAACAAACAUCGUCUAGAUCUCGCCACUCUUCUACUUUACACAUUUCAAUUGAGCACUGCCUUAUCGUAUCUGGAAAGCAAGAAAUUUGUCCAUAGGGACAUUGCUGCGAGAAACGUGCUAGUUUCUGCGCACAAUUCCGUAAAAUUAGCGGAUUUUGGUCUUAGUAGGUGGGUGGAGGAUCAAAGUUAUUAUACAGCAAGUAGGUGUAAGUUGCCCAUUAAAUGGAUGGCACCGGAGAGUAUUAAUUUUCGAAGAUUUACUACAUCUUCUGACGUUUGGAUGUUUGGUGUAUGCAUGUGGGAAAUUUUAAUGCUAGGCGUAAAACCAUUUCAAGGUGUAAAAAAUAACGAAGUGAUCCGUAAAUUGGAAAACGGAGAAAGACUUGCAUUACCGAAUCAUUGCCCUCCACGAUUAUAUUCUUUGAUGUCUCAGUGUUGGAGUUACGAACCCAGUAAACGACCAACGUUCAAAGAGAUCAGAGAAACUUUACAUGAAAUUUUAUUGGAAGAGAAACAUCAGCAACAAGAAACGAUGAGACGGGAGAACAGAAGAGUACAAGCCAUGUCUUGGGGGGCAGACGAUGUACCGCCACCGAAACCUUCGAGGCAACCGCAAAACACGACGGAUCAAUCUCAGUUAACCGCCGCAGCGCCGGUCUCGACAUAUAUUGUUGCGCAAAAUCCCGAGGUUCUUGCGCAACUUCUCAAGGAUAAUCAAACUAGGGGGGUAUGUCCCUCCGUCUACACAACCCCUGCCUCGCCUUUCAAUACCUUAGCCGUACAAUUUCAAGACGAAGAUCAAGUCUUAACCACUGCUUUAGUUUCAGAUCUACCCUUUUUCGAUCCAACCACUUCAGAACCUUCCGCCUCUCAUGACACUCAUUCGGGAGAUUCCACUUUGUCCGACACUAAUCUGGAUUCCCUCGAUUCCUCGGACACUCCUCUCAUGUCUAGUCUUAACAUUUCAGACGCGACACAAGCUCAAUCCCCCGCUGCUAACAGAAAGCAGCAGAAGGUUAAAGAGAUGCAAAAUUUGUACGCGGUUAGUUCAAAAGUUGUUGGUAGCAUUGCAGGAGAUUUGUAUUCUCCAGUGCAAAAAUUCACAACGUCCGGUGCUAUUCCAAUAACAACUAGCGUAGCUAGUUGCGGCGAAAUAUACGGGCCUGUCGCUAAUUUCACCCAAAGUUCCGCCAUCGUUGGUAAUCUUAGUCAAAGUCCCAGUGUAGGUGGUAAUUUUGGUGAAAAUCCUGGAAAUUUUGGGCCCAGCAGCUUGAAUAGUAUCGUAGGAUUGAAUAAUCAAAAUCAAUUGUCAAAUUUCGGCCAAUUCUCUAAUAACACGAGCCAAAAUUCUAAUUGCAUACAAAAUCCUACAACCGCUGUCGUGUAUCCCCGUAUACCGGUUGUUACUUCGAGUAACGCUGCUAUUUCUGCAUCCAAUACGGAAUGUUUGUACGGACCUGUGUUAAAAUUCCGAGCGCAAAACAUCCAAAACCAAAAUGUAACUGAUUUGAAAUCCGUAAACGUGUCUGUUGGAACUACCAUGGCGAAUGUUAGAGGCAAUUUAGCGCAUACUUCUACUCCAGGACCAAACCUGCAAACACGACCUGCACACGCUCAGAAUUAUCAGCAUCAACAAAUUUAUUCGAAUAUAAGUGCAGCGACACCACAACCGAUGUAUAUGCCGCAGAAUGCGCAAAACAAUCAAAAACAAAAUCCAAUUCAUCAAUCUGUUUCUUACAUCCCGUCGCAACAUACGAAUCAACAAAAUCAAGCAAUCAGCGCUAAUCCAAUUUACACGGCGCAAGCGACUUCUGUUACGGUCGUGCAAGCUCAGAAGGUUCAAGGCCCUGUAUAUGUGCAACAAAUUCAAGCUGGAAUUAGCCAUGUGCCGAGUUCCCAAGCGAUGAACGUGAAUCAGCAGCAAUUGUCUUUUGAAAUAGCACAAAGUCAUCCCAUUCAAGUGCAUUUCGCCACAUCAGGUGGUACGGUCCAAUCAAGUAGCCAGCAACAUCUUCAUUCAAGCACAUCUAAUAUUGUAAUCGGUCAACAAUCAAGUUCCAUUACUGCCACGCAACAUAGUCAAGCACAAUGCAACGUAGCGAAUCUGCCAAUUACUGCUGCAACAAACGCAACACAGUAUUUAGUACAGCCAAUAGUACAAUCAGGGAUGAUAAGAUCUACUACACCUCAAAUAGCAACCGGUGUUGCAAAGAUCACUACAUUUGUAAAUCAAAAGCAAGAUGAACAACUAACAAGUUCGACAGAUGGCACACUCUCUGGAUCACUGAUAUCCUCUGCAGUCAGUGAUAGCACAAUGUCAUCGAGCAGCUCGAUGACAGAGGAGGCACAGCAAGAUCAGGUUUGGCAACGCCUCCUAGGAAUGAAAAUCGCAUCCUUUAUCUGCAACAGCAUAUUGUUUUUAUUUAUAAUUCGAAAUUCUUGCAGCACUAUACUUUUGUUGCAAUUCAAAUAUAUAUAU